AUGGCUCCUACAAUCACCUCUACAGCAAAUCAUCCAAAGGACCCAAAGGACUACAUGAGUCUUUCCCACAAGAUAAGAAAACCAAUUGUGGAGAAGCUGCGUAGAGAUCGCAUCAACAACUGCAUUGAGGAACUGAAGGCUCUCCUGGGUCCACAGCUCCUGAACCAGCAGCCCGAGUCCAAGCUGGAGAAAGCCGACAUCCUGGAUAUGACCAUUUGCCUGCUGAAACAACUGCAGCAAAAGACUCUGCCCUCCUCUGAUAGGCCUACGGGAUUUCACACCCAAGAGAUUGCCAAUUUCUGGUCAAAAGAUGGAGCUCAGACACACUCCCAUGGAGCUGUGCUGAACCACUUGCAGACCCUGAAGAUGUCCUCCAAAGAAGCCACGGAGGAGUCAGUCCUGUCCCAGACCAGAGUGCUUGACCUGCACACGCUGGGCAAAGAGAAAAUUCCAACCAGGAGCUCCCCCUGGAGGCCUUGGUAG